AUGCCGUUUGGUGAUGACGACGGAUACAGCACUAAGAUGUUGGGUCUGGCGUGGCAUCCCGACCAAGAUUAUUUUUAUUGCGCGUUAAGUCUCGAACCGUCGCCUGUCUUUACGAAGCGCGGUAUUUUAUCGCUUAUUGCUCGCAUUUUUGACCCGUUAGGUCUUUUUGGUCCCGUGGUGUUUCUCGCGAAAUCGAUCAUGCAGCGGACGUGGCGACACGGUGUCGCAUGGGACGACCCGCUGCCGGACGAUAUUCACGCAGACUGGGCCGCAUUUGUCUCCGAGUUACCGUCGUUAUUAGGUGUCCGUGUACCGCGACAUAUUAACGGCCGUCGAGGCGCUCCCUGUUAUUUGUUAGGAUUUUGCGAUGCGUCACAGGUCGGGUACGCGGCUGUCGUGUACGUGCGGAUGAUAAAUGUCGAAGUGGCUAAGUCUGUGUUUUUAAUUGGUACUAAGACCAAGCUAGCUCCGACGAAAGCGUUAACGGUCCCGAGACUAGAGUUGAAUGCUACAGUAUUGUUAGCCCGUUGGUUAGGUCGCAUUCAAAAAAUAUUAUCGCCGCAACUCGAUGUUGUCGGUUUACGGGCUUGGUCGGAUUCCACGAUCGUGCUGUCGUGGUUGACAGCCCCCCAUGAAUCAUUCAAAGUUUAUGUGUCCAAUCGAGUACACCAAAUUCGCUCUUUAUUGCCGGAUUGUUAUUGGCAACACAUCGUGUCGGCCGAUAAUCCCGCCGACUGCGCGUCGCGAGGCGUCAUGCCGGCAGCUUUAGCGUGA